AUGUAUAUGAGCGCUCCUUUAUUUGUUAUAAGAUUGCUCCUACAACAGCUUUUAUUGAAAUUUAACGAAGCUUUUCCAGUGUUAUGGUUAAAAACAACUUUGGAAGCUCAUCAAGCUACUUUCCUCUUUUCUCUAACGAUAACUUCUCGGAUCGGUCUGCCUAACCUUUUGGAAUGGUUAAACUUAACUUUGGAAUUUCACUUAGUUGGUUGCAACUUGAGAGACGAUGAUGUGAAACACUUGAAUUAUUUAAGUAACGUAAGGUAUUUGGAUCUUUCGAGUAACUUCAUAAAGGACGCUGGAAUUAAGCAUUUAACCCGUCCCCUUUUAUAUAAGAGGCGAACACUUCAAAGUUUAAGGCUCCUCCACGUUCUCGACGUUUCUGACAACCCUGUUAGCCACCGCUGCAUUACCUCGUUGGUUUGUUUUGAGAAGUUGCUCUACUUUGCCAUUUCUUAUAAGAAAGGAGCUAAGAAACUCUGGUGCAAGAUCGCCAAGGAAAACUUUGGCUUUGUUAGAACGAAAGUUACCAAUUCUGCAAAACUAUUUUUUCGAAAAGAACUUAAAAAGUCUUUGCUGGAGCCGCUACCUUUAUUAGAAGGCAUUCCCGAAAAUUUCUAUAUCGAUAAUUCUGACAGCAACUGGCCUAUCCUCACCACGAGAAAACUGCACAGCUGCUUCGAAGAAGAAUUCAACAAUAUUUCUCGUAGGCUCAUCUUUUCUAAGACAAGAAAACCCACUCAAAACGUUUUCAGCGCUCGUCCCUUGAGAGGUCUUAAGGGCAAAGAUUUGGAAAGCGACACGGAAGAGGACGACGGCCUUUUAAAGCAAAUAGUCGCCGACGUCCACCGCAAAUACCGGGUGAGAUCAGGUCGUCUUGGAUCCUCCAGCCCUCAGCAGGGAUAUAGUUACUUGCAAUAA